UCUUAUCCUCGAUCGCAUUCUUAUCGAGGGUGGAGCAGAGGGUGGAAUCACCGGAUCGAUCUUUGAUCUUUCACCUUUGUUCACUCCUCCCCAUUUGAUCCACAGCUGCCCUUCUCCAUCAGCUAUAUACGCACGCACAAGGCUGGGACAGACAGAGUCGUUUCGGAGAAUUGCGAUUCCUUCCUGCUGGCUCAUACUUGCUUAUCGUCGCCAUGCAGUGCCUACAGACUCCAGUUCCUCAUCGAUUCUCCUCCAAAUGGCAGCAACAGGAGCAGCCCAGCCACCAUUCUUAUAGUGCUGAUGAUCUCUGCGUGCAAGGCUUCAAUUCCUUCGAUUGCUUCAGCAAUGGCUUGUCCGAUCUUCCUGAUCAUCAGUAUCCCGGCUUUGAGGAAAUUACAAGCGAGGCAGUGAGCGAUAGCACCUUAAGAAAGAGGAAGGCAGAGACUUCUCCCAAGUCAAAGCAAGACUGCAAGAUCAGAGUGAAACAAGAAACGGGAGGAGCGAAAACAGAGUGCAAGCAGCAGAACAGUAGCAAGGAGGCAUCAGGAGACGGCUCAAAGACUGAUUACAUUCACGUUCGAGCUCGCCGCGGCCAAGCCACUGACAGCCAUAGCUUAGCUGAAAGAGUGAGGAGGGAAAGGAUCAGUCAAAGGAUGAAGUGCCUCCAGGAGCUGGUGCCGGGAUGCAGUAAGAUCACCGGAAAAGCAGGCAUGCUAGAUGAGAUCAUCAACUAUGUUCAGUCUCUCCAGAGACAAGUCGAGCUUGUCGAGCAGUUCCUGUCGAUGAAACUUGCUGCCGUGAAUCCAGUGGCGGACAUCGACUUCUUGAGCAGAGAGGCGAUGAGUACUCAACUGGUGCAGAUAAAUCCACCUGAGCUAAUGGACCAGCCAUUCCUUCACUUCAACUCCUUACAGCUCGAUCCCUGCUUAGGGCUGGACAUGUACAUGGAUUCUUCGGAUCUUGUGGCUGAUGGAUCCCCCUUUGGCUCAUCUCUGAAUAGCUUGCAUAGGGUAGAAUUCCUUCAAUCAUUGCAAGGUAAAGAUUCUUAUCCUAUUUGCUCGAGUGGCAUGGAUUGUGAUGCAUGGUUUUACGUACCCAACAAACAAAAAAACAAGAUAGAACCAUUCCUGUUGCAUGGUGAUAUCAUCUGGUCCCCAAGAGGAAGAGUAACUGGUUGGUGGCGUAUUUUAACUCGAGUUUGCUAACUUACGUCUACCAUUCUCGCAGGGAAUCUUUUGCCUAACAAUCUCAAGAUGGAGAUAUAAUUUGUCGAUCUGAACUAGUGGAGAAGAGAUGGAGAUGUAUUUCAUUUGCUCAUGUGUAACAUAUCGAUAUAUAAUGCCAUGCAUCUUGUUGCCUUCAAAUAGAAUUAGUUCUUUCAUUUGAUUGUUGUUUUGCUUUUUUCAUAUUCUCCUUUAAUAAAACCUCUCUCUUUAUUUUCUCAA